AGAUAUAGACAUACACAUUCUGGGCAAUCUGAACAGGGGAAAGGCUUGAAGCGACACUCAUACACUGUUUGGGAAAUUCGACGAAAUCCUUCCAAUACUGAUACAGGUAUUCCUAUCUCAAGUGACCACAAACAAAUAGAAACAGAGGGGGAAAAACUAAAACUUUGGUGUCUCUUCAAAAUGUGCAUCUGGAUGGUUGGAGUUCUGUGUGUCCUGAUGUGUUUGGGAAAUCAUCAGGCUCAAGAAGCCAACCCAGCCAUCUCUAUGCCGGACAGAAUCAGGGUUGCUCUGGCAGGAGAAACGGUCCAUUACAAACUCAAAGUGACCAUCCCAAUGAAUCAGAGCUCCAGCAACUUAGUCUGCUCUGGGCCUCCAGAACAAAAGAAGAUAAAAGAAUGGAUUAUUCUCCUUUCUCCUGAAACAAAAACAACAACAUUUAAUUUGGAAAUAUCCGCAUAUAACAGUUCAUACUCAGGAGAGUAUAACUGCAAGUAUAAAAAUGUGGAGAUCUUCUGGACCCUUCUGGUGAAAGACGAGGGGUACCGGCAGCUUUACUCUGGUUUCAUCCUUUUCAUUGUGUUGGGGGCUCUUACCACAGGCCUCCUCAUCUUCAGUGUGAUCGGCUCCAUAUACGUGUUCAAAAGCCAAUGGAAUGGAAGUACCGGUAGUGGAGUAAGCAGAAGGAAUAGAGGGGAGAAUGAAGAGGAGGAGGAGAACAGUAACACAUCAGUGAAUGCAGCUGCCUCUGCUCCAGUUUACGCUAGUCUAGAGUCUCGGCCAGCAUCUGUCUAUGAGGUCUUGACCCCAGGAGCACCAGCAGCAGCAGUAAACCGUGAAUCUGUCCAGAGGAAAGGAAAAGUAAAGAGAAAGUCAAAGGAAUCGGUGGAGAAUGCAACGCCGCAAGGGGAAGGAAUAUUUGAAUGCGUCUAUGAGAAUUUCUGACCUACUGGCAUCUGCACUGUGUUUGGGAAUCUAUAUGCUUCGAUUUUCCUGCCUUUGCAAUCUCUCUUGUUCUUUUACACAGACCUAAAAUCACGUAUGUAUUUUACCCUGCAGCUUCGUGACUUCUGUUGAAAAUAAACUGCUAUGUCUCUGGUUGUUAUCAUCACGGAAUAUCUCUGGUUGAUAUUUUGUCUAAUUAACAGAUAUCUGCAAUGUGUCAGAUUAAUUUUAACGAGAGAUUUUGCAAACUGAACCCUUGUACUCCAAAAUCCCACCAUAAUAAAAUUGUAUCCAAUGAGACUAUUGGGCUAUUUUGAGUAAGAGCCAAUCGAAACGCGUCUCCCAUCUCUACUUCCGGGUUUGGUUUAUUUGUUUUUCAUCUAUUGUUGACCAUGGCAGCGGAGGGGGACUUUCUGAUGAGAUAUCGUGCUGUAUCAAAUAAAUUGAAAAAGUA